CCGCCCCUCCCCCUCCGAGGGCAGCCUGCCCCUCAGCCACCAGGGAGAUGGCUGCCAUGGGUUAAAGGGGGGGAGGGAGUGAUGAUGAGGGCCAGCUAAGGUGAUGGGAGACAUGGCCUCGGGAGACAUGCUUUCCCCGCAGGGGGACGCUUCCCCCUGGAUCUCGGAUGAAGUCAGCUGCUGUGGAGAAACAGGUCAGCCGGUGAACAUGGAGACCACGUCUAACCCUGCAGCAGUUGCAGAAUUGCCCAUGGUCCAGUCGUCAGAGGAGUCAUGGGAGAGCGCUGCCGUCUGCAGCAAGAGCCGAUGCUCCGAGGAGCACGUACUGACCUGCACGUUUGAAGCCUGUGACCUGGAACAAACAGGACAGGUGUCUGUUUUCCAUAUUAUCGAGUACUUACAGUCUGUGACAGGGCAAAGCUGUGAGGAAGGGAGACUGCAGUUGCUUUACAAAAUGCUGGACCCAGAAGAGAGGGGCGUCACUGUGGAUUUACCGACCUUCCAUGCUGUCAUGAAGAACUGGAUUGCAGAUUGUCGGCAGGAUGGGGGAUUAGACAGCACGAAGGAGCGAGACAAGUUUGUGGACAAUAUGUGCCUGUGGCCAUCUGGGAGGAGGCGGCCUGUCUCUAGUGCUGCUCAGUUGGAGGGAUAUGGCGGGGAUGUCAGCAUUGUAAACUCGGAAGAGGCUGCCGCCUUGAUGAGCAGCAUUGAAGACCUGGAGUACGGCAACAAAAAGUUGGCCGUGCAGAAUGCCAAGCUGCAGAGGACCAUCGAGGCAGCUGAGGAACUCAACUCCCGCCUCACCGAAGAGCUCUCCCAGCUGCAAGGCAGACUGAGAAGCACGCAACAGGCCCUGGAACAGGCUAAAUCAGUGGCUAACGAACUAGAAGACCUGAAGGCUAUUGCAAAAAGUCUGGAAGAGGAGAAGGGCAAACUUUACUCACAAGCCCGGCAGCUGGAGAAGGAACAGCUGUGCCUCUCUCUACAAGUGGACUGUCUUCAAGAGGAGAACAGGAAGCUGCUCGCAGAGAGAGACAGAGUGAAGCAGAAGGUUGCAGGGCUGGUUGCUGAGAAGGCAGAUCUGAAGGCCCAGCUCUGUGAAUAUGAAACUCUCCUCUCCUGCAAAGACACUGCCCUUACUGAGAAAACAAACCGUGCCGAAGAACUGACAGUGAUGCUGGCGGAGUACAGGACAGUGGUACAGGAGCUGAGACUGGAAAUAAGCCAGCUGCAGGAGCAGCUGUGCCAAACCACCGAAGACCUGGCCAUGCUGCCGGAGGAGCUGCCCCACGAGCUUAAACCCCACGUUCAGCUUCCUGUACAGCCGCUCUGCGUGGAGAUAGAAGAAAUCCAGCAGGGACGAAAGGCCGAGGCCCGUCUGCCCAACCCGCUGUGUGGGAUGUGGCCAGGCUCAGCAGCGCCUGCGUCGGUACAGCUGCUGGUCGGGUUGAGUCCCGUGGACGUCAGGGCGGUGGCAGCGGAGCAGGACGUGGGCGCGGCCGACUGCACCCCAGCAUGGCUGGCUCAGCCGAGCCCCACCGGGGAAGCCACAGUUCUGGCUGAGCAGCGACUGACGCCGGAGAUGCCAGAAAGCACAGAGGAGAGGGGAGACUGGAGCUGCCCAGAGCUGUGUGCGCAUGGCGCAGAGGAGCAGCUUAAACUCGCCAGGGGGACCAGUGAAGAGCACAGCUGCUUAUCCUGCGUGGAGACCCAUGUGCUUCCUUGGCCGGAAGGGAAGGCAGCAAAACCUAUCUGUCUGGAGACCUGGCCCGCAGACCCUCUAUUGUCCAGUGCAGCAGAGAGGAGCCCUGCGGGAGGCCUGCAGCAAGGUGCACUCGUCCCCGUGCGGAAUCAGCUGUCCCCCGUCAAGCAGAAGCAGCGGCAGGACUGCUGGUUCGAAACCUUAGCCCCAUGGUUUCGCUUGGGCCUGAUUUGCCUUCUGCAUCGGCCGCAGCCCCACCUCCUCCCCAGCCGCCUGCUGCUGGCCCUGCUUGCGACACUCCUCUUGCUGCCAGCACUGUGCUAUCUGGCGCUGCCAUGCAGGCAGCAGCCUGGCUGGACCAUGCCGACAGGGCUGGCGUGGCCACACCUCCAGCUGCGGUACCUGAGGCCCCCACCUUUGUGACCCCUUCCCACCCCGACUGGAGAAAGCAGCUCUUUGGGGGCCAGGGAAGGUCCAUUUUAAGCUGCUGGCCGUCCUCGCUGGGAGCAGCUCUGCCUUGAAGGCAAAUAAAAAGCCAGUUCAGGCCAAUGAACUGGGAGCGUGGCUGUCAGUGCGGGGGCAGCCUGAGCCGUCACGUCCCUGCUGGGUCCCCCCACAGACAGCCCUUGUUCUCGGUCGCCCGAGGUCCCUUCGGUGCUGCUCGGGCAGCUUUGAGUGGCCUAAGGGCCUUGCUGCCAGCCCUUGGCAUAGGGGAUGGGGCAGGGGUGUGGCCGGGGCUCCCUGCACGGUGCCUAUUCCCUGCCCACAGGGCACAGCAGGGGCUUAGCGGAGCAGGCUGUGGCUGGAAUGUCCUGGCGUGUGGCUAUUCUCUGCCCCACAGGCUCUCGAGGGGGCAUGGCCGGGGGGCACUGGGCUGCGCUAUUCUCUACCCCCAGGGCCCAGCGGGGGCAGAGCAGGGUUCUGUGGCUACUCCUUAGGGCCAGUGGGAAUCACAGUAAGUGAGGGCAGAGCUGGGGCUGCUUUAUUGACAGUGGGGCCCAGGCAGGCCCCAGCUCUGGGGAUCACAAAAGGUGGUUUUAAACUCCCUGCCCAUCCCUGCCCCAAGCAGCCCAACCGAAGGCCCCGCUCCGGCAGCCAGACCUCCUGGCCUCGAGCUCCACAGCUGCAGAGCCCUUGCUGUCAGCACUCGGGGUUACCCCUCACCCCAGAGCCUUGAGUCUAGUGCUCAGCUCCCACCCUGGCACAUCCCACCCUGGUCCCGCAGGCUCGGCGCAGCCACAGCGAGCAAGCGGAGACUGACACCUUUAAGACUCAGCCACCCUGGGACCUGGAGCGUUUGUGUAGAAGCAACAACUGUGGACAAAAGCUAAAUGACGGUGGACUCAGGGUCUGUCUCCUAGGGAUCCGCCCGUUCUGCCCGCCCACCUUCCUCCCCCGAAAUCAAGCCAGGCUCCCCCCUCAACGUCAACUACGAUUUUUCAGCCCGAGACACGAGAAUUGGGAAAUGCAGACCGACUGGGCACGCGGGUGGCUGGGUUAACUUCUUCACUGGUUUAUUUGCAGCUCCCAUUCUCUGCACAGCGCAUCGGGGGAGAAAUGCCUUUCAGUGGGGGGGGGGGGCCCAGGAACAGAGCAUCCGUACACAGCUGAGCCCUUUCCACGAGCCGCUGGAUCCGCUCCCAAUCACCAAAACUUACACGGAUUUCCCAGGAACAGCCGGAAGAGAGGGUAACCCCAAUCUAUCACUCCCCUCAAAACACAGCUAUUGACCUUCUUAUCUCUCUGCUCUGAGGGACCCAAACCCCACCGUGGUCCCUGGCUUCCCACCCACCAGGUAUGCCAAUGGAGUGGGGCCAUCCCCAGAACCUGGCACCCUUCUUAACUGCAGGACUUACAAAACCUCCAACUGUUGCAAAACUGCACUCGGCCUGGACGCUCUUAUUUCUGUGGGGAGCAAAUGACCCUUUCCCUCCAUCGCGCCCACAGGUUGUGCGCUAAGGUGGCACAGCUGUUCUUGUCCCGGUGAAGACCUGCUCUCCAACUGGAGAGCAAACCAGAGGGCCGUGGAUAGCUGCUAACAGGACCAGAGAUUCAACCACACUAGUAUCUGUGUUACCACAGCCUGGUGUUUGAUCGGACAGGGAGGAAUUACAACCCCUCAGCUGGGGUUUUGCUGCCCGCGCUUCUGUCUACAGUCGUUCCAGGGGAUGUUUCCUUCUAUGAAAAACAGCCAGGAAAACGAAGGGCAUCUCUGGGCCGACGUCAGGGGGUAGGGUAGAUCGGUGCAGUUUUGAAACUUCUUUUUAGUUGGAGCUUCAGGGACGAAUGGAA